UAACUUUAUACGCUUUGAAUGAAGGCAGAUUUACUUUAAAGCCCGGCAUUAUUUGACGUCAUAAGUACGCGUCAUUUGAUUUUUGAGUCAAAACGUCACCUUCCGCCUAUCUUUAUGACAUAUUAUUAUUGUCACCAGUCAUGCGUCCUCGGUCUUUCACUGUUUUCAUCUUCAGGCGGUUGCUUUUUUUGUAGAUAAGUGUCUUUUAAUGCCUAGGUGGAGCGCUUGUAGUGACAGCUUUCAUCCCAGAGAGUGAGCUCAGCCUCCGCCUCGCCGCGCCUCCUGUCCCGCGUAUGAGCCUCCGAGGGGGCGGGGAGACGUGCUACAGUCCCGAAGAAGAGUUGAGACUGAGAAGCGAACCGAACCUCCGCGCGGUGGUCACUUUUCAGCCCCCAUGGUCGUCUCGUGGAACCCUCGGGGAGCUCGCACGUUCGACGACGAGGAAGAAGAGGAGGAGGAAGGCGGUGAUGUUUAGGCGACCCAGCGAGGAGUUCGGAAGUGUGCCGCUUAGCCUCCUCGAGUAGACUUAAGCCACAGUUUUUUCUUCUUUUUUUGUUUUCCGGGGAGUCAAAAUAUCUGACUACGCGUAGCAACGCGGAUGUAGACGCCGCGAGCUGCGCUGCUCUGGCCGGCGAAGCUGCGCUUUACUGCGGCGGACCGCUCGCCGCCAACCGGGAGAAGGUGGGCGGGCAUGCAGGUGAGGAACCGGGAGUCGCACCAGAGCGGCGGGGCCAACAUGCUGGAAGUGGACGAUCCCCGAAAGAAGUCGUCGUGCUUCUCAAAUAUCAAGAUAUUCCUCAUUUCGGAAUGUGCCCUCAUGUUGGCUCAGGGCACCGUCGGAGCGUACCUGGUGAGUGUGCUGACCACCCUGGAGCGACGCUUCAACCUUCAAAGCGCUGACGUCGGCGUGAUAGCUAGCAGCUUUGAAAUCGGCAACCUGGCGCUGAUCUUGUUUGUCAGCUACUUCGGGGCUAAGGCGCAUCGGCCACGCCUGAUUGGAUGCGGGGGCAUAAUCAUGGCACUAGGCGCCCUACUCUCAGCUCUCCCCGAGUUUUUGACGAAACAGUACGAGAUUGGGGAAACGUUUAGGACGGACAUGGGGAGAGACGUGUGCUCGAACGCCAGCAGCAGGGAAGUCCAGUUGGCCGAGGACAAAGUUUGUGCUAAUAAGACCAACACCAACAUGAUGUACCUGCUGCUGAUCGGGGCUCAAGUUCUGCUGGGCAUCGGAGCCACGCCUGUGCAGCCCUUGGGCGUAUCCUACAUUGAUGAUCAUGUCAAGAAGAAAGACUCAUCACUCUACAUAGGUAUCCUCUUUUCCACGCUGGUGUUCGGCCCCGCCUGCGGCUUCAUUCUAGGCUCCGUCUGCACCAAAUUCUACGUGGACGCCAUCUUCAUUGACACCGAUAAACUGGGCAUCACCCCGGAGGACCCGCGGUGGAUCGGGGCCUGGUGGGUGGGCUUCCUCCUCUGCGGUGCCUUACUCUUCUGCUCGGCGCUCCUGAUGUUUGGCUUCCCGCAGUCGUUGCCCGUCAAGGAUGGAGAGGACGGGCCGGACAGCCAGCAGGCAAUGCUUCCUCCUGCUCCUCUCAGUCCCGACUCGGACGCUCCCAAGCCCAGCAACGGGGCCGUAGGGGAACACAAGCUGUCCAAUAGCCCCACCUGCUGUCAGCAACUCAGGGUGAUCCCUAAGGUGACCAAACACCUGCUUUCCAACCCGGUGUUCACAUGCAUCAUCCUGGCCGCCUGCAUGGAAAUUGCCGUGGUGGCCGGUUUCGCCGCUUUUUUGGCCAAAUAUCUGGAGCAACAGUUCAACCUCACCACCACCUCGGCCAACCAGCUGCUAGGUAUGACAGCUAUCCCAUGCGCUUGUCUGGGGAUCUUCAUGGGUGGCCUGCUGGUGAAAAAGCUCAACCUGUCAGCGCUGGGAGCCAUCCGAAUGGCAAUGUUGGUCAACUUGAUUUCCACCGCUUGCUACAUUUCCUUCCUGUUUCUGGGCUGUGACACGGGCUCUGUAGCUGGUGUGACUGUCACGUACGGCAACAACACGCUGCAAGUGGGCAAAAAGCCGGAAGCGGCGUGCAUCAAUCAGUGCAACUGUUUCACGUCAUCCAUUAGCCCCGUGUGCGGCUCCAACGGCGUCACCUACCUGUCGGGCUGCUUCGCCGGAUGCAACCACAUCAGCGCUCAGAACUUGAGCGGAUGCUCUUGCGUGUCGACCGAGAGCGAAAUGGCCACGGCUGUGCCGGGAAAAUGUCCGACGGCUGGCUGCCAGGAGGCCUUCCUCAUCUUCCUCUUCAUCAUCUGCGUGUGCAGCCUGGUGGGCGCCAUGGCCCAGACUCCCUCCGUCAUCGUCCUCAUCAGGACCGUCACCCCAGAACUCAAAUCCUACGCGCUGGGCGUCUUGUUCCUUCUGCUGCGACUCUUGGGUUUCAUCCCACCUCCGCUGAUUUUCGGUGCCGGCAUCGACUCCACGUGCCUGUUCUGGAGCUCGGACUGCGGCGAGAAAGGCGCAUGCCUGCUGUACGACAACCUGUCCUAUCGCCGCCUGUACGUGAGCUUGGCGAUCUGCCUCAAGGUGGUGGCCUUUCUGCUCUACAGCACCACGUGGUACUGCCUCCGACGCAACUACAACACUUAUAUCAAGAGCCACGAGGCCAACAUGUCGCCCAGCGACUUCUACCCGUCGCUGUCGGACGCUCCCAAAGUGGACAGGACUCAGUUUAUAUACAACUUGGAGGACCACGAGUUUUGCGAAAACAUGGAGUCGGUUUUAUAGGACGAGGCGCUCCGCCCUGGUCGAGGGUACGUUUGGGCUGGUGUGGGAAGCUAAACUAGCCAAAGUGUCGUUAUUUGCUGAAAACUUGCCAUCAAGGAUUCAGAUCGAUAUGUUUUUUUCUUUAAAAAACAAGUUUGGCACCAUCUUGUGGCAACUCUCGGCAACUCUUUUUUUGUUUCGGAGUUUAGUCGAAACGAAUGUAGCUUGUUUGCAACGCUAGUCGCUAGGCGGACAAAGACGUCAAAUGGCGAAGUUGGUCACAACGUUCUGCAUUCACUGACACUCAGUUAAGAGGGCGAUGUCGUAAUCGGUGUGUUCAAGGAGGAGCGGGGCCACCAAAGAACGAAGAUGGCAAUUUAUUAUUCAUAUUGUUAUAUUUCAAACAUAACAAUAAAGUUUAGACUUUUUUUCAAUCCUUGUUUGCUCUUAUUUUGAAAAGAUUACUAUUUUGCAAGAUUAUAUUCGAAGUAAUACAACACAUUUAACAGGCAACUCAUUUAAAGCCAUUGACAUUUGAACUAGGAUGGCUAACAAUCAUGUUUCACUGCUAUUGACGGCGGUAGAUGUCCAAUCCAAUUUGACUGGGAGGGCUAGCCGAUCGCUACCCGGCUUUCCAUCCAAAUUAUAAAGGACGUCUAUUGCCGUCAGUUACAUAUUACAUACAGCUUACAUAGAGUACAGUACAGUCAGAAAACUUGAAUUUAUGUAACAUUCACAAAUUUUGAUCUUGCAUAACACACUGUGGUACUUUUUCAAACUAUCAAUCUCUGUUUUUUCAUGAAACAUCCCAACUUUUUCCUCAAACUAAGACUUUUUUUUAACCCCCGUACUGUUACGAAUUUUGUACACUUUGUACAUCUUGCGCUUUUUUACAGUGGCCCUCAUCCUCCUUGGCACUACAGGACUUUUUCCACUGUUAGUUGUCUCUACAUUUUCAAAGAGGGUAAAGGUUACGUCAAUUGUUACUGUGUUUCAAGGUUGCCAAGUGUUUACAAGUCAUUUUGUGUGGACACGCUCUUGACCUCUGACCUUUGAACCAAAUGAAGACUUAUUAGCAGUUCACAUGCUGGAUCCUACGAUAGAGUAUUAGGGCUAAACAAAGAAUAAAGUCGUAAUAUGACGAUAAUAGUCAUAUCUUGUAAUAGUAGAAGAAAGUGUUACGGGAUUAAAGUCGGAAUAGUACGUAACUACCAAAAAAAGUCGUAAUGUUAUGUAACUUUAUGUAAUUUACGAGAUUGAAGUCAUAGUAUGUCUAGAAAGUCAUACGUUGUCAUAAGAGAAAAAUAUGUUACAAGAUUUAAAUCGUAAUACUAUGUAACUUGGACAGAAUGUUAAGAGAAAAAAGUAAUGUUACAUGAAUUUACGUAAUAUUACAAGAAUAAGGUCCCACUAUUACGAGAAAAUAUUCAUAAUAUUACGAGAUUAAAUUCGUAUUACAUAUCUUUAUAUAAUAUGUAUGGCAGUAGUGUGGCUAAUUUAGCAAAAUUAGCUGCUAAUUUAUGUAGCACUGAACUGCCGUCAGUAAAAUGAACAUAUAAUACUAUGCCAAAGUGUUAUUACACGUCCUUGUAUUAAUUAUAAUUUGAUGUACAUGAGCCAAAAGAUAAAGGAUUUCUUUAUUUGUGAAAAUACAGCGAGAUAUCGUUGAUUUUAACAGACUGCUCGGCGCUACGUAGGGUACUUAGCAGCUAACUUAGCUAAAUUAGCCACACUGCAUCCAAACAGUUUAUGUAAAAUAUGUAUUAUAAUUGUAAUAUUUCAACUAUAAACUCGUAAAAUUAGGUCAAGAGAAAAAGUCCUAAGUUAACAUAAUACAACAAAGUUACGUAACAGUACUACUUUUUUCUCGUAAUAUUUACUUUAAACUAGUAAAAUUACAUAAAGUUAUGAGUAAAAAGUCGUAUGUUUAAAUACCGCAUAAAGUUCCGUAUCAUUACUACUAUUUCCUCGAAAUAUUACGUUUAAGUAACAUUACGAUUUUUUUAUUGCAGUAUUACAUCAAGUUAAGUAGCAUUAUGCCUUUAAUCUCAUUAAAAAAAAAUUCUUGAAAUAUUUCAACUUUAAUCUCAUUAUAUUACGUAUAGUAAUGUAACAUUACGACUUUUUUCUCAUAAUACCACGUAAAGUUACAUAACAUUUUUUCUUUUAAUAUUAUGUUUAUGUAAUAUUACGAUUUUUUUAUUUAAAGAAAGAAAUUUAUGACUAAUUUCGUAAGAUUCUUGACAUUUUUCUUGAAAUAUUCCGACUUCAAACUCGUAAUAUUACGUAAAGUUAUGUAACAUUAUUUUUUUUCUCAAAAUACCACAUAAAGUUACGUAACAUUUUUUUCUCGUAAUACGUUUAAAUUACGUAACAUUAUGAUUUUUUAAUUGCAAUAUUACAUCAAAUUACAUAGAAUUAUGACUUUAAUCUCGUAAGAUUAUGACUUGUAAUAUUUCGACUUUAAACUCGUAACAUUACAUAAAGUUAUGUGACAUUACGACAUUUUUCUGAAAAUAACACGUAAAGUUACGUAACAUUACUACUUUCUCCUCAUAAUAUUACAUUAAAAUUAUGUAACAUUACGAUUUUUUAAUUGCAAUAGUACAUCAAGUUACGUAGCAUUACGACAUUAAACUCAUAAUAUGUAGUUAUGUGACAUUCCGAUUUUUUCUCAAAAUACCACGUAAAGUCACGUAACAUUAUUUUUUUCUUGUAAUAUUAUGUUUAAAUUAUGGAACAAUGCGAUUUUUUAUUUGCAAUAUUACAUCAAAUUACGUAGCAUGAUGACUUUAAUUUCAUAAGAUUAUGACUUUUUCCUUGAAAUGUUUCGACUUUAAACUCGUAAUAUUACUUAAAGUUAUGUGACAUUACGACAUUUUUCUGAAAAUAACAUGUAUUUACAUAACAUUACUACUUUCUUCUCGUACUAUUACAUUUAAAUUACGUAACAUUACGAUUUUUGAAUUGCAAUAUUACAUCGUUACGUAGCAUUACGACUUUAAUAUUAUGUAGUUAUGUAACAUUCCGAUUUUUUUCUCAAAAUACCACGUAAAGUUACCUAAUAUUUUUUUCGUAAAAUGAUUUAACAUUACAAUUUUUACUGCAAUAUGACAUCAAGUUGCGUAGCAUUAUGACUUUAAUUUCGUAAAAUGGACUUUUUCUUGGAAUAUUUUGACUUUAAACUUGUAAUAUUAAGUAAAGUUAUGUAACAUUACGACAUUUUUCUGAAAAUACCACGUGAAGUUACGUAACAUUACUACUUUUUUCUUGUAAUAUUUUUUAAAUUACGUAACUAAGAUUUUUUUUUAAUACAAUAUUAAAUCCUUACGUAGCAUUAUGACUUUAAUCUCGUGAGAUUAUUACUUUUUUUCUCGCAACAUUAGGACUUCUCGUAAUUUGUGACUUGUUUCAAGUAAUAUUCGAACUUUAUUCUUCAUUUUUGUUCUUUGGCCUUAAUACUCUGUCAUACCUGUUUGUAGCAGAUGCUAAUGCACGUCUUUUGUCACUAGCGUGUCUUUUUCUGUCACACGAGUUUAUUCUGCCUAAUAAUUUGUCUUAAUAAGGGAGUAUAUUGUCCAUGUGAGAUGUUCGUCGAACUCCGGCACGUAGCCGAAGAGUGCUUUGAGAUGAAAAGGCGUAUUUUUUGUUUAUUUUGAAAUAAAGAGAUAAGGAGUAAUAUAUUUAUCUUGAAAAAAGCCCUGUUAUAUGUCAACAUUGAGAGUGCUUGCACAGAAAAUGGUUUGCAGUGAGAGUAGGAAAUGUCCCAGAUUAGUUCUCUACUAGCCGAUAGCCACAGGAGGACCCUGUAUGAGUGAACGUGCGCGC